GGCAGGUCUAUGUGAAGCAAUGUCUGGAUACAUAUACUCAUGCUAUGACUCGCUUAAAGCGACCAUUUCGUCGUCGAGGAAUCUUGCCAAGAACGUACUACAUAAAAGUUGUUGUAGCUUUGAUAUUUGGGAUGAUUUUGGGACUUUCAUUUUCAUAUAUUACUAGGCAAUGCUUUUUUCGCAUAGUCAAGGACAAGGUCAAAUGCAAAUCGCCCAGACCAAAACAAGAGCAACGGAUACCUACUGCUACGAGACCAGAAAUGAGACAUUUGAAUAUAUCUAUGGAGUUAAAACCAGUGAAAUAUUUCUUGCUGAUUGGAGUUAUGACAGCUGAGCGUUAUAUUACGACGAGAGCUAAAACAAUUCGGGGGUCUUGGGCAUUCAAUACCUUAGACUCUGUAAAGGUUAUAUUUUUCUGUGGUGAGCAAGGCAAUACAAGCAUGGAUUCUGACUUCGUCCGUCUCCCUGGAGUGGAUGAUAGCUACCCACCUCAGAACAAGUCGUUUUAUAUGCUAAAGUAUAUUUUUGAACACUAUAUCAAUGAAUUUCAUUGGUUCGUGCGAGCUGAUGACGAUGUAUAUAUUCGAAGUGACAGACUCUCUGAGGUACUGCGUAAUUUUGAUAGUUCCGAAGACUUGCUGUUUGGUCAAGCAGGGGUAGGAAAAUCUCAUGAAAAAGGCAAGCUUGGGCUCGAAGACGGUGAUAAUUUUUGCAUCGGUGGUGUUGGGGUUGUUAUGAGUCAAAGUGUGGUCAAGAAAGUAGCGCCAUAUUUGUUGACAUGUUUAAACGAAACUGCAAGCUUACAUGAAGAUUCGGAGUUGGGAAGAUGCAUCCGCAAGCAUGUUGGCGUGAUGUGCCCGUGGGCUCAAGAGGUAUGUUCCAAUCAAUAAAGUCAUUCAAUUAUUGAAAUUAAAAUUUAUAAGUCACGGCAACCUGUAUAGUAUCAGAAAUAUUUUGGUUUAGGUAAAUUAAUUCAAAUUUCAUUUACCACCGAACGUUUCCGACACCGAGUCAGUUUAGCUAGUGUUUUCAUCAGGAGUGAUUUAAUUAAAGUUGCAGGGUGAGAGAUGACGUCACCGCCCAAUAAAGUGAAGAUAACUCUCGUGGUGCAUUGCUAGCAGUAAUGAAGUAAUCUUGCAAGUAUAUAGGAUCCCUGAUGAAGACACUAGACCAUGUUGGGUUGUGAAUGUAAUAUGUUCAUUGUGACUUUACUCCAUUACUCCUGAUGAAGACACUAGACUGGAGUAUCGAAACGUUGGAUCGUGAAUAUAAUAUGUUCAUUGUGACUUUACAUCACUCCUGAUGAAGACACUAGACUGGAGUGUUGAAACGUUGGAUCGUGAAUAUAAUAUGUUCAUUGUGACUUUACAUCACUCCUGAUGAAGACACUAGACUGGAGUGUUGAAACGUUGGGUCCUGAAUGUAAUAUGUUCAUUGUGUUUUUACAUCACUCCUGAUGAAGACACUAGACUGGGGUGUUCAAACGUUGGGUCGUGAAUGUAAUAUGUUCUUGUGACUUUACAUCAUUCCUGAUGAAGACACUAUAUAGACUGGAGUGUUGAAACAGAGUAAACAUGUCUGAAGUCAUUGAAAUCAUUUGUAUGUAUUUUAUUGUAAGUAUUUGAUAUUCCGGUACUAUAUACUCUUCUUAUCUUAUUGUCUUUUAUUUUCUUUCCAAAAGCUUCAACACAUGUUUUAUCAAAAUUUCGAAAGACCCGAGCGAGCUUUUGCUGGCAGUUUGAGCAACAGCCCCUUCAGAAACGCCAUUACAGUUCAUCCAAUCAAAGAACCAUCCUACAUGCUUCACUUACACCAUCACUUUUUAACUUCUGACUUUCUCAACCGACAACAUCGAGCAGCCAUCUUGAAUCACCGAAUCCGGAAGGUCCGAAACCUGCUGCGAGAUUCGAAGAACAAAACUCGGCAUUUUCAGAAAUCGUAUUUCUACGGGUUGUUGCCAAGCAACAGUACCAUUCACUGGGAGUUCUUCAACAACCAGUACUUGUAUGGCCUGAGCGAGCCGCCGUUGUCUUGGGUCAGCGGUCCUAUGCUGGAGGGUGUCAAGAAACUAAAGUCUGGAGUGAUGAGUAAUAUCAAUAUGGAAGCUCGCAGAUUACUCAAAUCUCAAGAGGAAUUCAAAAAGUUUCAUUUAGCAACCCUACGAACCCACCCCAGCAUGGGUCUACAACUGGCAAUCAGUGUGGAAACGCUUCUAAAACCAUUGGGCACAACACACGCGAAGUUCCCGCGUCGCACGCAGCGUUUCUCGCAUUUUCAACAAAGUUUCGCUCCCUUAUGGAAAAAUACAUUGAGCGAAAUUUUUCCCGCCGAAACAUGCAAGCCCGGAAUUCACUUCAUUGUACCUUUAACGGGAAGGUUUGAAACGUUUCUACGGUUUUUGAAUAGCUUUGAAGAAGCCUUUCUAAACGCACGACUUGCUGUUUCUCUCCUUAUUGUAUAUUUUCCUGAUGUUUCUUCACCCGAAAGGCAUAAAAACGUUUUUGAUGAAUUUCGCGCCAAACAUCCGGGAGUCGAACUCGCAUGGUCGGAACUGCUCGGAGAGUUCUCGCGUGCCCGAGCGUUAGGGUUCGGUGUUCACCGUAACGGGAACGACUCGUUGCUCUUUUUUGCUGACGUGGAUCUUAUUUUUGAAACGGAAUUUUAUAACCGUUGUCGAGCAGGCGCUAUUCUUGGCAAGCGGGUUUAUUUUCCAAUCAUGUUCAGUCAGUUCAAUCCGCAGAUCGUGUAUUACAAUCAUUCUGUACCACCCAGUGAAAAUAGUUCUAGGUUUACACCCCACUGGAGAAGUAGAACUUUCACCAGCCGAGCAGGGGUCUGGCGAAAGUACAGCUACGGUCCGGUGUGCGUGUAUUCUAACGACGUCAUCGCGGCCGGUGGACUGAACACUAACAUUCGUGGAUGGGGACUGGAAGAUUUGGAUUUCUACGAAAAAUGCUUGGAUCAUAAUUUGGAAGUGUUUCGCGCGCCCGACCUGGGACUAGUUCACGUCUAUCAUGCUCAGACGAACUGCCUGGAUCCGAGAAUGAACAGCGAGCAGGUGAAAAUGUGCGAAGACUCGAGAAGGCGAGGUAUAGGGUCAGAAGAAUCACUGGUAGAGUAUAUGUUAGCCAAGGGAUAUGUAUAGCAGAUCGUAUCAUAUAACCUUUUAUGAAGGCUGCUUUUUAAGUGCAACACCAAAUAUGAUUAUUACGUUUAAUAUUUGGGUCAUUUUAGGACGAAAUGUGAUAUUUCUUUACAGUAAAAACAUCUCAUCUUGAUCAACUUUCUCACUGUGAUGUUGUCUCUGAGUGCGUCCAUACCGGGCGAGCCGCUGGCACGUUCAGUAUAUGAUGUCAUUAGAUGAAUUGUAAAGUUGGUUUUUUCACCUAAUGUCGGGUUUGGUGACCUUGUCAGUGAAAAAAUUGAUCAAGAUGAGGUUUUUUACUAUAAAGAUAUAUUACAUUUUUUCUUAGAAUGACCCAAAUAUUACACAUAAUCAUAUCUGGCGUUAGUGUCACUUUAAAUAAAUGUAUUUUAGUGGCCUUAGUCUAUCAAGAUAUGAUCUGAAAGUUUGGUAAACUACUUAUAGCGUAUAUAAUUAGCUGCGAUUUUAUGUUGAGGCGGUUUCGCCGUGCACAAAUCUUUUGAAAUUUUGCCUGCGGUUGAUAUUUUAACCAGUACGAUUGAGUGGAUUCGACUAUAGACGAUGCCAUUAGACGGGUGCUUCAGUACGCCAAAAAUUAAUUGUGUCUUCAGCGUGCACAAAGCUUGCAUGAACAUGAAAAGAAGAUAGACAAAGACUUUCCUAGUUUCCAGAUCGAAUCUUCAUUCAUUAUGCUCUCAUUAACGACAAACUGUGAAGAUAUGAUUGUCUGGAAGCCUGGCGAACUUCAAAGCUACAAAAUAGAAGAGCUUUGUUUGGUGUUGAACUACAUGUACCUCACCAUGCACGAAUCCUUUGUUUCAACUUCAUUAAAUAUUGUUCAACCUUGUUUCACGUUUCAUCUCAGCUAUCCUUAUUGGAUGAUUACUUCACUAUACCAAAAUACAAUGAGCUCAAUCAUUUUGACCGUGCACAAAUCAACAUCAACUUAGACAAAAACAUGAUCAUGACACAAUGACUUCUGUUCAGUAUCCAGACCAUCAUAUCUCGAUAGACUAUGCAUCAACCCAGGCGUUUUAGUUUCCUGCGGUCAAAGACAAAGUCAAAGCCCGUGAUAGAUUAAAUAUUGAUGGAUACUCAAAAACAAAUCUCCAUUAACAUUGAAUGUAAUUAAUUAAAUCUAUAUUUAUUAAAUCUAGUGAAUAAAUUAAAUUGAAACUUUUUUAUGUCUUUUUCCUAUCAUUAACGUUUAUCUUCGUGCUAUAAGUAAUUAGAAAAAUUAUCCUAGAAAUGAAAUCCACCUAUUCGAUAUAUCGUUUGGCAAUUAAAUAAUCUACUGCUUCAAUCUUUGGCGCGUAUGUUGAUAAAGUAGCCAUCUUGCAUUGAUAUCUCUGAUCUUCUGCUAGACUCUCAUCACAAGGUACAUGACGAUGAAAUACAUGAACAAUUCCUUGAUCAGGGGCUCGGAAUAUAGUUAAUCCAUGUUCUACAACCCUGCUUGCAAAAUCCGUAUCUUCCUUGCCCCAGCCUUUGAUAUUAGUGUUCAGACCUCCCACGGCCAUGACGUCACUUCCGUAUAUACACACAGGCCCAUAACCGUAAAUGCGCCAACGCCCAGCAGGUUUUCUGUAAACAAAAUUCGUCUCUGUUGUCCUCCUCUUGUUGAAGUAAACAACAUCAGGGUUAUACUGGCCAAACAAUAUUGGCAUGUACACUUGUUUACCUCGUAUAGUGUUGCCACGGCAGCGGUAGACAAAUUCCCUUUGGAAAACUAAAUCAAUAUCGGAGAAAAAAAGUAGCGAAUCGUUCCCGAGGUACUUUGCGCCCUUUUGCAAAGCUUUGGCACGGUUAAACUCCCCGGGGAUUUGUAACCACACGAACUUCGUCUCUGGGAACUCGACCUUUAAUUCGUUGAUAUGCUGAAUGUGUUUCUCCGGCGAGGAGGAUUCUGGGAAGUAUACUACAAGCACUGCGAUUGGUUCGCUAUGUAUAAGGAAGGCUUCUUUUACACUUGCUAAAAACCUUCUUAAUUCUUCGUGUCUUUCUUGUAGAGGUACAAUAAAAUGCACAGUUAUUCUCUUCAUAUCUGCCUGAAUUCUUCCUUGAACUGUCGAAAACGCUUGGUCCACAUGUGCCCAGUGGUAGGCGGGUUUUGGAGGGUGCCAGGGGUACUUGAGUGGUCCGUGAGGAGACUUUAUGGAUAGACACAGUUGAUACUGUGCACCGUAUUUCGGGUUUACCCUCAAAUACCCAUAAUUUAUAUUUUCAAGCGUUAUCUUUGAUUUAGUUUUUCGGUUUAAUGUUUUUCUAUGCUCUUCGUUCAAUUCGUGCAUUGUUAUUGCUAAAGCCUUUUUCAUACCGUCUGCAUUUUUGAACAUUAAAUAUGAUUUGUGAUUUUUCAAAUCGAAAUGUUGAAUGGUCUUCGAAUGUUUUUGUUGUGUUAAAUAUUCCCAUUUUAGCUUAGAGCUGGCGUCUUUCUUGACCUGUUCGCGAAGGACAUGGGAUUUAUUUCACCAGAUAAUAUUCUUUUGGUUGUUGAGAGCAUUCCAUUAGUUUUGUAUCCACGGUAGUGAAGUUUGAAGAGCUUUAUGGACAUGAAAUGGUAGUGUAGUCGAAACAUAUAAGCGGGGUCUUUCACUGGGUGCAAUGUUAAUGCCUUGUCAAUUUUCGCUUCAUCUAAAACACCGUGAUAAGCUUUCUCCUGUUCUUUGUACACUUGUUGGAAAAGU